AUGCUCAUUUUAGUGGCCAUUAUUGUUAUUUUUAUUAAUACAUAUGUUCUUACAAAACGAGACCCAUCCGAUGAAUCACCCGAUGGAAUUCCUUCUAAAAUUGAAUUAGUUCCUAAUCAAAAUCAAACAAUAAUAUCUAAUCAACAAAAACCAAUUGACCGACAACGAAUUCUAAGACCCGCUAUACCAGAUGCCGGAUGUGAAAUUGAUGAAAAAUGCUCAGAUGAUGCUAUUCCAUAUAAAAUUAUUUCAGGAGAUGGAGUUGAAAAAUAUCCAAUAAUAUGUUUUAAUAAUAAAUUAUUAGUACAUAAAAAUUUAAAAGAUUCAAAAAUUGGUCGGGGUAUUAAUUUAGUUGCGUUUGAUGGUACAACAUUGGAUGUUAAAAUAACAGACACAUUUGAUACUUAUCUUGAAGAAACAUUCUUUUUACGAACUCUUAAAGUUAAUUUAAAUGAUGGCGAUAUUGUUAUUCUAGCUAGUUUUGAUGAAAUGACAUAUGGAUUAAAAGAAGCAUCUUUAUCUAUAUUAGAAAGAUAUGGUAGUCAACUGAUAAAAAUUAUUAAAUUUCGUGAUUCAUUUGUUAUGCUUGGACAAAAAGGACUGGCACGUGGAAAAGCUAUUGAAAUGCAUCAACCAAAAGGAAAUCGUGAUUUUGCUCCUGCUGCACAUAUAAGUGGUUGUGCUAAAUUUCCUUUGGGUCAACUAACACCAUUAUUAUUUCUAAGUCCAGAAGUAAAUAAAGAAGGAAAAAUAGCUAUUGGUACAUCAAUAAAAAAUUGUGGUUUAUUAGAAGCAUGUAAAGAAAAUGAAUUCGCUGUACAUCUUUAUACAGGCAAAGAUAAAAAUGAUGAACCAAAAAUAUGUGUUGAUGGAAAAUAUGUUAUGGCAAAAGGUAUUAAUGAUGCUGGACGUGGUAUAAAUAUUGUUGUUGUAUCGAAUGGAAAAGAAGUUAUUCGUACAGGACAUUUUGAUACCUGGCAAGAAGAUAGUACAAAUUUAGAAAUAUUUCUUGAAAAUCUUGAAGAAAAUGUUAUUCUUAUAGCAGUUACAUUUGAUGAAGCAUCAACAAACUUACGAAAUUUCACUCGAAUUGUAUUACAAGGUAUUGGCAGUCAGAAAAUAGGGUCACUUGCUUUUCGUGAUUCCUGGGCACUUAUUCAUCAUUUCAAAACAAACAUCAAUUUUAAUUUCGAAGAGAUUUCACAUGCAGGCACUGGAAACGUUUAUGCGCCUCCAAUUGACAAACGAAUAUGUGUACCACAAACUUUAAAAGGAAUGAAAAUUCGACCUGAUCCAUUACCAUUUCGUAAUGAUAAAAGACGUGAUUUUUGUUCACGUUAUGAUGGUUAUGGAGAUUUUUGUAGUGAUACAAAUGUCGAUAAAAAUUUAGCAACUCUUUCAUUAAUAAAUAAAACAUUAGAAGAUAAUUCAAUAUAUUCAACCCCAAUACUUAUUAUUGCUGGAAUUUCACAUAAUUCUCUUCGUAUGUGUCUAGAAACUGUAUUAAUGCAACCGGGUAUUCGUGUAGAAAAUAUUGUUGUGGCUGUUGAUGAAAAAUUUUCUGAACCUCUUGCAUUAAUUGAUCUAUUUGGAUUUCGAGGAGAAAAAACAUCAAGUAGUUCAACAUAUAUGGAACAUUAUGAAAAAUCAUUAUAUAAAAUUUGGGAAAUGUAUCCAAAUAAAGAUAGUGUGAUUGUUAUUGAAGAAGACCUUAUUUUAUCACCAGAUUUUCUUUAUGUAUUGGCAUUGUUAAGUGAAACAUUUCGAAAAGAUGAAACAUUGGGUGCAAUACAAUUAUGGAAUCCUAAUUCUUAUGAUAUUAUCAAUGGUUCGCUUGAUUUAAUAUAUCGUGUUGAUAAUUUCUAUGGUUUAGGAUAUUUAUUAAAACGUGAAUUUUAUAAUAAAAAUAUGAGAAAUUCAUUUAAACAAUGUUGUGGAAAACGAGUUUGGGAUAAAUGGACAUUUUCAGAUUCAUCAUCAUCAUUUCUUAUAUCAGAUAUUUCACGCGUAUUUCGAAAACCUAUUGAUGGAAAUCUAGUUAAUACGAAAUAUUUGGAAAUACUUUUUAAUCGAAAAAGACAAACGAGUUUAAAUCCAUUUCCACCAUUGUCAUAUAUUGAUACAUUACGUAAAGAAAACUAUGAAGCCUUUUUAAUUAAAUCGAUUAAUUCGGCAACAUUACUCAAAUCUGUAGAACCAUGUGAUACAAUUAAUCUCGAUAUGUAUCAUUUAAUUAAAAAUCAAAAUACUUCUGAUGCAUUUAAAUAUAUAUACCAACAAGAAUCAAUAAAUGAUGUAUCGUCCCUUACACCAGUUUUACCUUGUUUUGGACUAUUUCCACAAGAGCCACUUGGUCUGUAUCGUGAUGUUCUUCGUUUUAGUGCAAAUAAAAAUCAAUUUUAUCUUGUUGGAUCUAAAUCACCUUUAUAUAAAAAUAUUUCGACUGCUACUUAA